UUUGCCAAUGCAGAAAACGACGAAAUGUAGAAGCGAAAAAAGAACGAUAAAUUGUGAGCAGCCAACGAAACCAAAGCCCAAAAUGCGUGCAACAUAUCGCCAUGAGCAAUUGAACUGUGAGCUAAUCCGAAACAUAUCCAAAUCCAACCCAAAUCCGCGCACAUUCAAAUAGAAGAGUGCGACGAGCAAAUACAGAAAUAUAUCACGUUUAAACCGUAGCCAAGGCCAAUAUGAAAACAAUCUGCGACAGCAAAUGGUUCGUGCAAAUUUGUUUGCUGCUGGUCCUGGUUGUCCUGCCCACCUGUCACAUCCUGCAGGCCGAGAGCCAGGUGGUGGUGGGUGACAUUGAGCUGCAGGAGAAGGACGACGAGGUGGCGCCCAGUCAUCAUCACAGUCGCAGUGGCAGUCACAGCAAUAGCAAUAGCAAUCAUCCUGGCUGCGAGCACCUCCAUCAUCGUCAGCACCACCGGGGAAAGCACGGAAGCCGGAAGCACAGACAGAGCCAUUACGAGAUUCUCGAGCGGGAGCAGCGGCAGCAGCAGCUGGGAAAACACUGGCGUCAGUGGGUGAAUGUGAAUCACCCGAAUCACCUGAAACACCUGAAUCACCUGCAGUCGCCGGAUUACCCCAGCGAUGAUCCAUCGCCCUCGGAUGGCAGGCACCCAUCUCGGGCUAAUGGAGGCCUGUCGGACGACGAACCUUUCGACCUGGAGGACUACCAGCGGUAUGCUAAUAUUGACCUGGCCUCUCCGCGCUCCGGUCGCCAUCGCGGCCGCCACCUGCCGCUGAACAAGGUGAACCUGAUGCUGCCGCUCAUCUCGGCGGACGGAAGUGGCAAGUACCUCAGAUCCCUGCCCGAUUCGCUGAGCUUCCAGAACGAUCGACUGCUGUAUGGGAGCCAGCCGCAGAGACACUGGCCCGUCAAGCGGGAGGCCAUUGUGGAGGGCGACGUCAUCCUGGGCGGCCUGAUGAUGGUCCACUCGCGCGAGGACAGCAUCACCUGCGGACCCAUCAUGCCGCAGGGCGGCAUCCAAGCCCUGGAGGCCAUGCUCUUCACCAUCGACAGGAUCAACCGGGAGCAGCUGCUGCCAAACAUCACCCUGGGCGCCCACAUCCUGGACGACUGCGAUAAGGACUCGUACGGCCUGGAAAUGGCCGUGGAUUUUAUCAAAGGAUCCAUCAGCAACAUUGACGACGCCGAAUAUCAUUGCAACAAGACGCAAGUGCGGAAGGUCAUCUCGGGGGUGGUUGGCGCCGCCUCCUCGGUCACAUCUAUUCAAGUUGCCAAUUUACUGCGGUUAUUCCGAAUACCCCAGGUGUCCUACUUCUCCACGAGCCCCGAGCUUAGCAACAAACAGCGAUUCGAGUACUUCUCCCGCACGAUUCCCUCGGAUCACUACCAGGUGAAGGCCAUGGUGGAGAUUGUUAAGCGGAUGGGUUGGAGCUACGUCUCGAUUAUCUACGAGGAGAGCAAUUAUGGCAUCAAGGCUUUCGAGGAGCUGGAGGAGCUGCUGGCACGCCAUAACAUUUGUAUUGCCAUCAAGGAGAAGUUGGUAAAGGAUUCGGGAGUGGCCGAGGACAUCGCGUACGAUAAUAUAGUGCAGAAGCUGCUGACGAAGCCGCGGGCCCGAGGGGCCAUUAUCUUCGGUUCGGAUCAGGAGGUGCGGCAAGUGAUGCGGGCGGUGCGGCGGGCGAAUGCAACUGGCUCCUUCUCCUGGAUCGGAUCGGAUGGCUGGAGUGCCCGGAACUUGGUAUCGGACGACUACGAGCCGGAGGUGGAAGGCACGCUGUCUGUGCAGCCGCAGGCGAAUCCAGUGCGCGGUUUCGAGGAGUACUUCCUCGGUCUGACGGUGGAGAACAACCAGCGAAAUCCCUGGUUUGUGGAAUUCUGGGAGGAUCAUUUCCAGUGUCGUUAUCCCGGAAGUACCAGCACUCCGUACAACAACUACACUAAGGAGUGCACCAAAAAGGAGCGACUUUCUAGGCAGAAUACCGACUUCGAGGACCAGCUGCAGUUCGUCAGCGAUGCGGUCAUGGCAUUUGCCUAUGCCCUAAGGGACAUGCACCGCGACUUGUGCGGCGGAGGUCCUUCGCUGUGCGAGGCCAUGAAGCCGACAAAGGGCGCAGAUUUGCUCAAAUAUUUGCGUAAAGUGGAGUUUGAGGGCCUCAGCGGCGACGAGUUCCGCUUCGACGGGAACGGCGAUGGUCCUGCCCGGUACAACAUCAUCCACUUCAAGCAGUCGCAGGCCGGCCAGUACCACUGGGUCAAGGUGGGCGAGUACACGGAGGGCGAGCUGCGCCUCAAUAUGUCGGAGGUGAAGUUCAAGCGCCUGAGUCCCAAGCCGCCCGAGUCCGUCUGCAGCCUGCCCUGUCUGGUGGGCCAGGCCAAGAAGUACGUGGAGGGCGAGAGCUGCUGCUGGCACUGCUUCAACUGCACAACCUAUCAAAUCCGCCACCCGGAUGACGAGACCCACUGCAAGCUGUGCAAGCUGGGAACGCUGCCCGACGCCCACAAGCAGUACUGCCGCCCCAUCCCGGAGAUAUAUCUGCGACCGGAGUCCGCCUGGGCCAUUGGGGCGAUGGCGUUUAGUGCCACCGGCAUCCUGGUAACGCUCUUUGUCAUGGGCGUGUUCGUCAGGCACAACGACACGCCCAUCGUGCGCGCCUCGGGGCGGGAGCUGAGCUACAUCCUGCUGGCGGGGAUUUUCAUGUGCUACGGUGUCACAUUCGCCCUGGUCCUGAAGCCCACCAACAUCGUGUGUGCCAUCCAGCGGUUCGGUGUGGGCUUCUGCUUCACGGUCGUCUAUGCUGCACUGUUGACCAAAACGAAUCGCAUUGCACGGAUCUUCAAAGCGGGCAAACAGUCCGCCAAGCGGCCCUCCUUCAUUAGUCCCAAGUCCCAGCUGGUAAUCUGUGCGUGCCUGGUUAGUGUGCAGAUACUCAUCAACGGCGUUUGGAUGGUAAUUGCGCCAUCACAUGCCAUGCAUCAUUAUCCCACACGCGAGGAUAAUCUGCUCGUCUGCGACUCGUACAUCGACGCCUCCUACAUGAUUGCGUUCUCCUAUCCAAUCUUUCUGAUUGUAAUUUGCACGGUCUACGCGGUGCUCACGCGAAAGAUUCCGGAGGCCUUCAACGAGUCGAAGCAUAUUGGUUUCACCAUGUACACGACCUGUGUGAUUUGGCUGGCCUUUGUACCGCUCUACUUUGGAACCGCGAACCACGUGCCGCUGCGCAUCACCAGCAUGUCGGUGACAAUCAGCUUGUCCGCCAGCGUGACCAUCGCCUGUCUCUUUUCGCCCAAGCUGUACAUAAUACUCAUACGCCCCGAGCGCAACGUGCGGCAGAGCAUGAUGCCGCCGCGCUACGGCAACAUGCACCGCACCGCCGGAACAGGACCCUCGUCCAUGAUGGCCGCCGCCGUGGUGACCGCUGCCACCUGCGCCCAGGAGGAGAAGAUCCAAAAGCAUAUCACGCCCACAAACACUGAAAACUCGCUAAAGGCAAAGAAAUUGUGCGAGAUGGCCACUCAGACGAUUUCCAGCAUCAUCACGUCGCUGGACAUCAACGCGUACAAUCAGAUACCAUAUGCCGAUCAAUAUGUGCCAAACAAUACCACAACGGCCACGACCACGCCCACAGAGAAGGGCAGUGACAACAGCAACGUCAACAGCAACGGCAACAGCAAUACCAAUGGAAGUAGCAACAGCAAUAGCAAUGGCGAUUGCGAUGGCGAUGAGGCAACGGAGCAAGUGGUGGCAAACAAUAAUAAAAUCAAUCAGAGGCAACAUGGCCAGCCGGCCGUGGCAUUUGCCAUCACAACGGCUAACAAUCACAUAAGCGGCCCAGCAGCAACCAUAACAACAGCGGCUCCAACUGGUGAAACAACAACAGAGGCCCUUGUGGCUACAAUAACAACUCCAUUGGCGGCGGGGGAUGUCACCGAAACCGCAUCCGUGGCGGCCAACAAUGGCCAUGGCAACGGCAGCCAGCGUCCGCCGGUUUUGCAAACAAACUUAUAGCUAAACGCACAACAAUUGCAGCAGCAGUUGCUGAAGGAGCAGCAGCGACAACAGGCGGAGCUGCAGCAACAGCAACAGCAGCAGCAGCAACCUGCAACACAAAGCUCUUCCAGCGACACCGGCAGCACGGGCAGCGGUAGUGCGGCAAAAAAACGUUCCGCAAUUCCCGUUUAAGCUGCCAUCAGAGAUUAGAGUUCCCCGCCACAAUACGUAAGUAGAGAAAAAGUGUCUGUUGACCCAAGUUUUUCCAAGGGUCAGAGGUAGGCAAA